AUGACCGAUUUCCAAACUAAAUAUCUUUUUGGCAAUUUAAUACUUGGAAAUGCCAAAAUUCUAACCAUUAGGGAUUCUUUAAACUAUAAAACCCCUAUGAAUCUUACCCCCAUAACCGAACAUGAAAAUGAUUUUGCCAAUUUACCGGAAUCAAAACCAAUUGAAAAAAAGCACACCCCACCACACAAGACCAUAGAAAACAAAAAGUUUCUAAUAUCCAAACGAAUUUGA